CGAUUGACAGCGUCUGCGAAUAUUUGUACUGAGGUUGCAAAAAACAUUGUAAAUUCCUGUAAGACUACGUAUAUUUGAGAAAUUUUUCGUAAAGUAAAAUACAAUUGAAAAUAAUUGAAGUUAGCUUUUUGUUCAUUAAAUUAAAAAAAUAUAUAGUAAAAUAUGACAGGCAUAGCUUCUUUAUCCACCGGCGUUAUAGAGCGCAUUAUGCGAGGCGAGGAAGUAGAAAAGCCUGUUUUGCAAAUUCUGGGAACAAAGAAAAUUACCGGCGGCGAAACCGAUCGUUUGCGUCUACUUAUUUCAGAUGGAAAAUUUAUCAACAGUUAUUCCAUGUUAGCAACUCAACUCAAUCAUUUGCAUGCGGAAGGCAAACUCUCGGAAUAUACUAUAGUGCGAGUUGACAAAUAUAUAACAUCGGUGGUCAACGGCAAAGAUGCCGGAAAGCGUGUGCUCAUAAUACUUGAAUUGAGUGUAUUGAAUCCGGGGACUGAAGUUGGUAAAAAGAUAGGUACACCAGUCUCGUAUACCGAAGAAGCCGCAGCACAAAGUAAAGCGAGUGCAAACAACAGUAAUGCUGCUACGAAACCUACGGCAACAAGUGCUGCAAAGAAAGCUGAUACCAAGCCAUCUCUUUACAACAACAAUAAUAACAACACUCUGAACCAAUCAUUGACCGCGGGUCUUACUCAUCCUAUCUCUAGCUUAAGUCCAUACCAGAAUAAAUGGGUUAUUAAGGCGCGUGUUACGGCAAAAGGUCCAAUGCGCACCUGGAGUAAUGCAAAGGGCGAAGGUAAACUUUUUAGCAUGGAUUUAAUGGAUGAAUCUGGAGAGAUACGCGCAACCGCGUUCCGUGAACAAGCUGAGAAAUAUUAUGAUAUAAUUGAAGUUGACCGCGUUUACUAUAUAUCGAAAUGCCAACUGAAGCCUGCUAACAAACAGUUUACCACGUUGAAAAAUGACUAUGAAAUGACACUAACUGGUGAAACUCAAAUCCAAGAAUGCGAGGAAGACGACAAUGAUAUACCGGAAAUUAAAUACGAUUUAGUUCCUAUAUCUCAAUUAGCGAACCUAGAGGCGCGUACGAGUGUCGAUACGAUUGGUAUUUGCAAAGACGUUGGUGAACUACAAACAUUUACCUCUCGCACUACCAAUAAGGAAUUCAAAAAACGUGAACUGACACUGGUUGACUCCAGCAAUGCUGCUGUGAAUUUAACAUUAUGGGGCGAAGAUGCGGUUAACUUCGAUGGCUACGUGCAACCAGUGAUUUUAGUUAAAGGUGCACGCGUGACUGAAUUUAAUGGCGGUAAAAGUAUAAGCAUGGGCAGUGGCUCGGUUAUGAAAAUAAACCCAGACAUACCGGAAGGUCAUAAGCUUCGUGGCUGGUUCGAUAACGGCGGCGGUGAACACAUUUCAAAUAUGAUUUCCACCAGAACCGGUGGUGCUGGCGGUGGUUAUAGCACCGAGUGGUUAACGUUUCACGAGGCACGCAGCCGGAAUUUGGGCUCUGGUGACAAGCCAGAUUAUUUCCAAUGCAAAGCUGUUGUGCAUAUAGUUAAAUGUCAGAAUGCAUUCUACAAGGCAUGUCCGCAAGCGGAUUGCAACAAGAAGGUUAUCGACGAGAAUAACGGACAUUAUCGUUGCGAGCGUUGUAAUGCCGUCUUCCCAAACUUCAAAUACAGGCUACUAAUUAAUAUGAGCAUUGGCGAUUGGACAUCAAAUCGUUGGGUUACUUGCUUCAGCGAAGUGGCUGAACAACUGUUGAAGCGUUCGUCACAGGAAAUCGGUGACCUACUCGAGAACAAUCCUCCAGAAGGUGAAGAUGUGCUCUCAUCAAUUAACUUCAAUUCGUAUAUAUUUAAAUUGCGCAGCAAAGUGGAACAGUUUGGUGACAUGCAACGUAAUAAGCUGACAGUUCAAUCUGUCGCACCAUUGGAUUACAAGGAAUACAAUAAGUAUUUGAUAAACAACCUUAAAGAGUUAACUGGCAUUAACAAAAAUUAAUUCAGCUUGGAAUUGUUUACGUGAAUAUUAUUUAUGUUUAUAUCUAUCUGUACAUGUUAAAUGUUAAUACAAACUUAUUUUUAAUUCUUAAA